AUGCCAGUCUUCAAAACCCCAUUCAACGGCUAUUCCGUCAAAUUCAGCCCAUUUCACGAAUCUCGUCUCGCCGUCGCCACUGCCCAAAACUUUGGAAUCCUCGGCAACGGCCGUCUCCACGUCCUCUCCUUACCUCCUGCUCCUGCUUCCCCACUCACCGAACUCAUCUCCUUCGACACUGCUGAUGGCGUCUACGACCUUGCCUGGUCUGAAUCCCACGAUUCUCUCUUAAUCGCUGGUGUGGCUGAUGGCUCCGUCAAGCUCUACGACACCGCUUUACCCCCAGCACAAAACCCACUUCGUUCCCUCCAGGAACACACGCGUGAAGUCCACUCCGUUGAUUACAACCCCACGCGCCGCGAUUCUUUUAUUACCGCUUCCUGGGAUGACACGAUCAAAUUGUGGACCCUUGACAGGCCGGCGAGUAUUCGUACGUUUAAAGAACACGCUUAUUGUGUUUAUUCUGCUGCGUGGAACCCGAGGCAUACGGAUGUUUUUGCAUCUGCUUCCGGCGAUUGUACUGUGCGAAUCUGGGAUGUGCGUGAGCCGGGAAGUACGAUGAUUAUUCCAGGUCACGAUUUUGAGAUUUUGUGUUGUGAUUGGAAUAAAUAUGACGAUUGUAUUAUUGCUACUGCAUCGGUAGAUAAGAGCAUUAGAGUUUGGGAUGUAAGGAGUUUCAGAGCUCCAAUUUCGGUUUUGAAUGGACAUGGGUACGCCGUUAGGAAAGUCAAGUUUUCGCCCCAUCAUAGGAAUUUGAUGGUUUCUUGUUCAUAUGAUAUGAGUGUUUGUAUGUGGGAUUUUAUGGUGGAGGAUGCAUUGGUUGGGAGGUAUGAUCAUCAUACUGAGUUUGCUGUUGGAGUGGAUAUGAGUGUGCUUGUUGAUGGGUUGAUGGCAAGUACAGGGUGGGAUGAGUUGGUUUAUGUUUGGCAGCAUGGGACGGAUCCGAGAGCACCUUGA